AUUCUGUGGAUCUCGGACCCCCUUCACCGGUAUCUGUGGAAGGCUGGAGACUACGGGUUUUGUUUAAAACUAAUAGAAGAAUGUUAAUAGAGGAUUCAACUGCUAUGUUACAGCUUCGAAUAUCCCAGAGUCAAUGACGACGACGACGACGACGACGACGACGACGACGACGACGACGACGACGACGACGACGACGACGGCGACGACAACAGAAACAACAACCUCAUCUACGCCUGUGCCUACAACUUCAACGACGGCCUCAACAUCGGAUUGUCCCGAAUGUGGGCUUGUGAACCGAGCCACCCGCAUCGUCGGCGGAUAUGAGACCGAAGUGAAUGAAUACCCGUGGAUGGUGUCCCUGGUCAACGGUGCUCAACUUUAUCACUUCUGUGGCGGAGCAAUCAUUUCUGAUGAAUGGGUCGUCACCGCUGCCCACUGCGCUGUCGGCAUGACCAACUCAGACUGGGUAUUGUAUGGAGACCACAAUUUGUACAUCACGACUGAUGCCGCAGCUCUGGCAACUAACAUUGCCGAGAUCAAGAUUCAUCCUGAUUAUAACAGCAAUACGUAUGACAACGACAUUGCUCUUCUCAAACUUGCUAAUGCAAUUGAGUUCCCAGAUGACAACCGAAUUGCUCCUGUGUGCCUUCCAACAGCUGGUGAAAUGUAUGCUAAUGUUGAUGCUACAAUCACAGGAUGGGGAGCUCAACAACAGGGAGGAUCCACAUCUGCCGUGCUCUUCGAAGUGACUGUACCGACCAUGACAAACACAGCUUGUAAUACUAUGUAUAAUGGACAGAUAACUGACAAUAUGAUCUGCGCAGGUCUCCCCGAGGGAGGCAAAGAUUCUUGUCAGGGUGAUUCUGGCGGUCCAAUGAUUGUAGAAGAAAACGGCAAGUGGAAGCUGGUAGGAGUUGUGUCGUGGGGCUAUGGCUGUGCUCAACCCAAUAGUCCCGGAGUCUACGCCAGAGUUUCACAAUAUUUGAAUUGGAUUUCUGUAUCAACAACUGGCGUGUGUUCAACUGACUACACAUCACCCGCACCACCACCCCCUACACCGCCUCCCCCACCUCCUCCAACGCCUGAACCUACAUCACCUUCCGAUUGCCCCGAAUGUGGGCUUGUGAACCGAGCCACCCGCAUCGUCGGCGGAUAUGAGACCGAAGUGAAUGAAUACCCGUGGAUGGUGUCCCUGGUCAACGGUGCUCAACUUUAUCACUUCUGUGGCGGAGCAAUCAUUUCUGAUGAAUGGGUCGUCACCGCUGCCCACUGCGCUGUCGGCAUGACCAACUCAGACUGGGUAUUGUAUGGAGACCACAAUUUGUACAUCACGUCUGAUGCCGCAGCUCUGGCAACUAACAUUGCCGAGAUCAAGAUUCAUCCUGAUUAUAACAGCAAUACGUAUGACAACGACAUUGCUCUUCUCAAACUUGCUAAUGCAAUUGAGUUCCCAGAUGACAACCGAAUUGCUCCUGUGUGCCUUCCAACAGCUGGUGAAAUGUAUGCUAAUGUUGAUGCUACAAUCACAGGAUGGGGAGCUCAACAACAGGGAGGAUCCACAUCUGCCGUGCUCUUCGAAGUGACUGUACCGACCAUGACAAACUCAGCUUGUAAUACUAUGUAUAAUGGACAGAUAACUGACAAUAUGAUCUGCGCAGGUCUCCCCGAGGGAGGCAAAGAUUCUUGUCAGGGUGAUUCUGGCGGUCCAAUGAUUGUAGAAGAAAACGGCAAGUGGAAGCUGGUAGGAGUUGUGUCGUGGGGCUAUGGCUGUGCUCAACCUAAUAGUCCUGGAGUCUACGCCAGAGUUUCACAAUAUUUGAAUUGGAUUUCUGAAUCAACAACUGGCGUGUGUUCAACUGACUACACAUCACCCGCACCACCACCCCCUACACCGCCUCCCCCACCUCCUCCAACGCCUGAACCUACAUCACCUUCCGAUUGCCCCGAAUGUGGGCUUGUGAACCGAGCCACCCGCAUCGUCGGCGGAUAUGAGACCGAAGUGAAUGAAUACCCGUGGAUGGUGUCCCUGGUCAACGGUGCUCAACUUUAUCACUUCUGUGGCGGAGCAAUCAUUUCUGAUGAAUGGGUCGUCACCGCUGCCCACUGCGCUGUCGGCAUGAUCAACUCAGACUGGGUAUUGUAUGGAGACCACAAUUUGUACAUCACGACUGAUGCCGCAGCUCUGGCAACUAACAUUGCCGAGAUCAAGAUUCAUCCUGAUUAUAACAGCAAUACGUAUGACAACGACAUUGCUCUUCUCAAACUUGCUAAUGCAAUUGAGUUCCCAGAUGACAACCGAAUUGCUCCUGUGUGCCUUCCAACAGCUGGUGAAAUGUAUGCUAAUGUUGAUGCUACAAUCACAGGAUGGGGAGCUCAACAACAGGGAGGAUCCACAUCUGCCGUGCUCUUCGAAGUGACUGUACCGACCAUGACAAACACAGCUUGUAAUACUAUGUAUAAUGGACAGAUAACUGACAAUAUGAUCUGCGCAGGACUCCCCGAGGGAGGCAAAGAUUCUUGCCAGGGUGAUUCUGGUGGACCAAUGGUAGUUGAAGAAAACGGCAAGUGGAAACUGGUAGGAGUUGUGUCGUGGGGCUAUGGCUGUGCUCAACCCAAUAGUCCCGGAGUCUACGCCAGAGUUACAAAAUAUCUGGACUGGAUUGCGACUUCGACCGGCGGCAUCUGCACGGCCUAGCUCUCCAUCGCUAUCCAGGAGAUGAGUCACAGCAAUUUCAUGCGGAAGAUUGGAUCAAAUUUUAUGUUCGGGAAUUUUUACUUUGUAAUUUCGUGUUGAUUUUAUCCGGCUUUUCAAAAAAAAAAAAAAAUAUAUAUAUAUAUAUAUAAUAAUAAUUCGUAAUAAAUACAUGGCUUAUCCGAA